CCUCAAUCCCCUUGUUAAAAAAAAAUGUUUUGACACACAAGACAAGGAAGCAGGGAAGCAGGAAAGCAUCUCCCCUCGUUUGACAGGAGAUCAACAGCUCCCAACAAGCUCUCGCACUGCAAAAGCCUCCUCACAAUCUCACGCGGCGGUGAACUUGUAGCAGAGGCGCACUGCCUGCCACAGCGCCGUCUGGCAUUGUGUUGGGGCUGACAGGGAGUGGCUCAUUGGUAUUAAAAUCACCGCAGAGUGCAGCGCCCUUAAAGAGGCACCGCUCGGUGUCACGCCGGCAGCAUCAUGCACACCGAGAUGCGUCAAAAACUCUGCCAUCCAGUUAAACACGCGGCACGCAUUUGUGACCGCAUUGAAAUGCAAAUAUGCACGAUGGGGCCAAUCUGGAAAUGAUUAAUUGCGAUCUGAAAGGAGAGAAAUCACGCCCAAGAAGCGGUGGGUCUGGCUGCCGCGCAGCGUCAGGGUCAAAUUUGGUUUGCAAAUUGGUGUUAGUGCAGCCAUCAGCCGAGCUAAAUUAAUCAAACACCAGGGCUCUUCUGUUCAACAACAAACUAGUGAGAAAUUUCUCUAUCACUCUGAAGAGCUCAAGAGCCUCUUGCACACUCCACUACUUAUUUUCCUUCCCCAUUGCACAUCUCUCUCUCUCCUCUAAGAGCUGACCUUUCCCUCCCACACCUCCGCUUCUUCCUGCUCUUUUCUGCUCAGCUAUGCGUGGAUCGGAGGCGAUAACCAGCUCUGCUUGAGCUGGAGGACCCUCGAUAACCUUCCUCUAUCUGCCCUGGUUCUAUUCUCAGCGGAGAGCGAAAAGAUUUUAAAUCACAUCCUACUGCCAGUAAUGGAUGAGAGUGACCCACAGAAAUCUGACUGUGACACAAGAUGGGUGCAGCAACUGUCAGGACUUCCUCCCAAGCUUCUGCAGCGCCUGAUGCCUUUUCAAAGGGAGGGAGUGGAGUUUGCUUUGUCUCAGAAUGGACGUUGUAUGAUUGCCGAUGAGAUGGGUUUGGGGAAGACGGUCCAGGCCAUCGCAGUAGCGUGCGCUUACAGAGCGGAGUGGCCCCUCCUGGUGGUGGUGCCCUCCUCUCUCAAAUAUCCCUGGAUCGAGGAGCUGGAGAGGUGGAUCCCAGAGCUGCAGCCCGGAGACGUCAACUUGGUGGAGAGCAAGAGCCAUACCAUGGAUAUCAGCAGCAGUAAAGUGACAGUGUUGGGUUACGGCCUGCUCACCACAGACGCACGCCCCCUAGUGGAGGCUCUUAGCAGGCAGCGGUUCGGCGUAGUCGUGGUGGACGAGUCUCAUUACCUCAAAUCGAGGAACGCAGCGAGGACCAAGAUCCUCGUCCCUCUCAUUCAGAGUGCAAAGCGGGCCAUCCUGCUCACCGGUACCCCCGCUCUGGGUCGACCCGAAGAGCUUUUUAUGCAGAUUGAUGCCCUCUAUCCCAAGAGGUUUGGAACGUGGACAGACUACACCAAGAAAUACUGCAACGCCCAUUACAGAUAUUUUGGGCCUCGCAGGCAGUGGGACUGUCGUGGCGCCUCCAACCUAGAGGAGCUGCACCAGCGGCUGAGCCAGAUCAUGAUCCGUCGACUUAAAGCAGAAGUUCUGAGUCAGCUGCCUCCGAAAAUCCGUCAACGGAUCCCCUUUGACCUGCCCAAGGAGGCUGCCAAGGAGGCCUCGGCCUGCUUCGCCGAGUGGGAGAGGCUGAUGAAGGGACUGGGGUCGAGGGUCGCCGCUACGGAAAACCCCUUCACAGAGGUCAUGAGUCUGGUUACACAGAUGUACAAACAAACAGCUAUUGCCAAGGCGGGAGCUGUGAAGGACUACAUUAAGAUGGUGCUGGAGGCAGAGCAGCUGAAGUUCCUGGUGUUCGCCCACCACCUCACCAUGCUGCAGGCCUGCACCGAAGCCGCCAUUGAGGCCAAGGCUGGGUACAUCCGAAUCGACGGCAGCGUGCCUUCAUCGGAGCGAAUCAAGUUAGUCCACAAAUUCCAGAGCGAUCCAGAAACCCGAGUCGCCAUCCUCAGUAUCCAAGCCGCCGGUCAGGGUUUGACCUUCACCGCUGCCAGCCAUGUUGUGUUUGCCGAGCUCUACUGGAACCCCGGACACAUGAAGCAGGCGGAAGACCGUGCUCACCGCAUCGGACAGACGUCCUCUGUCAACGUGCACUACCUCAUCGCCAAGGGCACCUUUGACACAGUCAUGUGGUCUAUGCUCAACAGGAAGGAAACUGUUACUGGUAGCACAUUGAACGGCAGGAAGGAAUACCUGAAGGCUGAUGAAGGUGACAAGGACAAGUGGGAGUUCCUCAGCCUUGCCAACUCUUGGACGCCGAGUGAGAUGGUGCUACCGCUGGAGGGAAACACAGGAAAUGUGAACGAUGACAUUUUCUUCUCCUAUUUUGAGAAAGAAAAGCAGCACGAUAUUCGCUCGUUCUUCUCGCCAAGUGCCAGCAAGGAGAAGAGGAAGAAACCAGAUGACGGGGAACCGUCUCCGUCUCCAUCCUCGGAGCCGGUGGAAGAAGUUGACUCCGACCGCUCUCCCUCCUGUGUGAAUCUCGACCAGGACUUUUCACCGCAGCUGAAGAGGCUUCGAACGCCCAAGUCCAGUUCGAGCCCCGGGUCUCGUUUUGCCGGGAAGCGGAGGUUGAUGCCGGGAUGGAACAGCCCAGGAAGUCCCGCCUCGAUUGUCCACCGGAAGCCUCAGAAGACGUGGAGCUGCGGGGCGUGCACCUACUCCAACAGCGGCCUGCUGCCUUACUGCGAGAUGUGCGAAUUCCCGCGCUCAUCUGGGCUCAAACCUGAGUCACCAGGGCCUUCUCAAGCCUCCACUGGCCAAGAGUGCGUUGUCCUUUCCAGCUCCGAAAGCGAACCAGAGCCUCUGAAAGUCAAACAGACGUUGGAAGAAGCGGAUAAGUGUUGGCCCAAAGGCAAACAAUCAGCGAAGGAGGGAGGCGACAACAUGGCUGGCAGCGGCGGCUGCCUCUCCCCUGACCACACACAGGACUGCGGAGCGGUGUCAUGCUCAUCUUCUGCUGCUGAUGCUAAUGGUGGCGAUGAAGGCAAUGAUGAAGGUGACGCCGCCGCCGCCCAGCUCGUCUACCCGGGCCUGAAGUUCUGCGCCAGCCAGUACACCGACCGGAUUUAUCUCUACUCCAAGGACGGAGCGCCGUUGAACUUGAGCUUCAUCCCUCUGGACAUCAAGCUAACCAACUGGGACGACCUGCCGGAGGCCUUCAGCCAGCACCGGGAAAAUCGAAUACAGGUGCUGAGAUUUGUUCAGGAGUGGAGCGGCCUGGCAGCCAUGAAGCAGAAGUUGCUGCGACGCAGUGCUUUUCUCUUCCACAGCCCGACCCUGGGCCUGCAGCAGCUGGCCGCCAACCAGCGUCCCCACUCCAGCACCAACAGGUAUCUGAGCAGAGAGGAGGUUGCCGAGGCUUCCCUCAGCAAAGCCCGGGAAGAAGGAGGCGGCGUCCGUGUGGUCACCAAGGAAAACUUCUUCACAAAGAGGAAAUCUGGCAAUUCACAAACAUCGGCUGCUGCAGAGAGAUUGGACCAGCAGUCUUGCAAAGCAGAAGUUGACCAUCCAUCUUCAGAGCCCAGCUACCUGCAGGCUGUGGACAGUCAGGGUGUCCCUCUGUGCCUCUCCUGCCAGCAGGCCUGUCCUACCACAGGUGGAGCUUGGGAUACUCGAUUCUGCAGCCACAGAUGCCAGGAGGAAUUCCAGCUGCGGUCCAGCCAGACGUUCAUGCGUUCCUGCGUGCUGGAGGCAGAGCAAGGCAUUUGUCAACACUGUGGCCUCAAAGCUCAUGAGCUGUUCCUGAAGGUCCGUGAUGCACCAGCCUCCAAGCGGAAGGAGAUGCUGGAGAACACAUGGCUGGCCCAGCUGCCUCUUAAACAGCUCAACGAGAUGAUCCGCGCGCCGGUGGAGGGAGACUUUUGGCAGGUGGACCACAUCCGACCGGUCUACAGAGGAGGAGGACAGUGCUCCAUGGACAACCUGCAGACGCUCUGCACCGCCUGCCACAAAGCCCGGACGGCUCAGCAAGCCAGAGAGCGCAGCCAGAUGAAGAAGAGCGCCGCUGCCUCCAAGGUUGCGUCAGACAUCAGCAGGUUCUUCAUCAGGAAAUAAAACGCUUUCACAGUUAAUUAAAGUAGGUUUAGGUUAGAAAUUUUUUUGAUUUACAGUAACUGGUUGAAGAUGUGUGGAGAAAAAGCCCUUGAGCCUUUUCACUUUUUACAAACUUCAGUCUAUUUUAUUAGGAUUUUAUGACAGACCAAUGAAAAGCUUUGAUUUAUUGUUUUGUUUUAGGUGAAUAAGAUUCAAGGGGGUGAAAUAUGAGUUUAUUAUAAAAUUUUACAACUUUUUUACUGUCAAUAUGAUACCGAUAUUGCAGUAUCGGUAUCGUAUUGUUAGAUACCAACUAUACUUUUGUUAUUUUAUAGUGUGGAUUGUUGUUUCUAUCAGAGAAUCAGAUAAAAUUAGAUUCUCGUUUUUUUGUCUGAUUUCCGAUAUCAAUAUCGGAUCGGGUUACCUCUAAAAAUUGUCUCAUUUUCCUUAGCACAGUUUCUGCACUGUUUUCCAUUAGAGCUAGACGAUAUAGUUAAAAAUAAAAUCUACUACUUUUUUCGUACCAGAUACAAUUUUUUUUCUCUCUUUUACUUUUCUAAAAAACAAAUUACAAAUGAUAUUUUAAAAAAGAGGCUUUUAUGUCAGUCAUUCCUUCUGUGAAUUGUACCUGGAUUAUUGGGGCUGGUCUAUGAGAAUUGUUAUUUAAUUACGAGAAUAUAGUCAGAAUAUUAGCAGAAAAAAAGUCUUAAAAUUGCCAGAAUCUGAUCUGAGCAUCUCAGUUCAAAAUAGACAAUCAUUUUGAAGUCCAGUACUGAUAAUAAUUUGAUGCUGAUGUCCACUGGUAAAACUUUACAAAGUCUUCACAAGAUGCUCGACAUUCCUCUUUGUGAUUUUUUGAUUUUUCAUGUGGGAGUUUUUAUAAAGUUACUAAUUAAUUCUCUUAAUAUUACGCCUUUGCUAAAAAUCGCAAACUGGGCCUAAUAUUUUAUUAUAGAGUUGGCCUGAAUUCAAAGUCCAAAUAAAUAGAAGCGGGAAAACAAGAUGGCGGCCUUGGGUGGUACAAAAAAAAGUCCAGAUUUUUCUAAAAUGACAUAUUCAAAAACCAUCCAGCUCAAGUUUGUGUUGAUCUUUCAAAUAAAAUCCCAACAAACCGCUGAAGUUUAACUGUAAAGUGACAAAAUCAGGAUGUACUUUAAUACGGCGUCGCCCUGACAUAUCUGGAUGCAUCACUUCCCGAUGACAUCACCCCUCCGCCCCCCGUCUCUGCUAGCCCUCAUUACAUCAGAACACGCUCCGAAAGAGAUUUAUCUAAAAGGUUAAAAGAAAAAGAAUGGUGACGACUUGCUUCAAAUGCAAAUUCAGCCAACUUCCCUCUCGUCCCCGAACCGUCACGAGCGCGUUGGGUUUGAUUUAUGACGGCCCCCUUUUUCUCUUUCGCUCCAGGCUGAAGUGGAGCGCGUUUUUUAGAGAGAUGCUUCUAUUUUAAGAUUUUGCAAACUUGGUAAAAAUGAAAAAAAAAAAACAUAAUAAAGGUAAGAAAAAGUGAAAGCAGGUGAGAUGAAUUGAGGGGAUUGAGAUGGAACGGUUCUGCAGGAAAACACAACCAGGUGUCCUGCUUGGUCCUCAACAUGUGGACCUUUUGCAGUUCUUCUUAUGAUGGAUGGGAGAAAUAAAUAGCUCUAUUCCUUUUCUCUCUUUUUUUUAUUCUUGUCUCCCUUUAUUCAUCUGUAAAUACUCUCAGCUGGGAGAUCAUUUCAUCGCCUCAAGUCAGGAACAUUAUCCAUGUCCACGCAUCUACAUCCUCUUCAGCUAUGCUUGAUGAUCUGAGCAGAGGUAGAGCUGCGCGAGGCUAUGUUUAGAGAGCGGGAGAGCCGAGUUACUAUGGAAACAAGGCUUCAGGUUCAGCCAUGUCGGGAAUAUUGAAUCUGUUUUUCUCCUCGUAUAUGUGUGUGUGUGUAUGAGAGUGUUACACAAUGAGCCAGACAUCAGAAAACUCCAAUCAAUAUUAGCGGGCUCCUGCGAAAACGAGGCCGUCGCAUUCCUCCUGACAGCGCGUCUGUCAGGCGUGUCAGAGUCCUAACUCAGCACAAUCCCGCCACCGCCUGGAAAACUUUAACGUUUCCCUCUGACAGCCCCAAACUUCACGCGUCGCGUCAAAACUCCCUCGGAAAAGAGCGCGUGGGGGCGCGCGCGUAGGUGUGUGUGCGCGCAUUUCCCCUACGGCUGCUCCAGGUCUCCACUUAAUAAGACCGUUGUUCCUCUCCUGUCCAAACCGACAAGCUUUGUGAGUAAUGAACAUCUCCCAGGCAGCCUUCCAACAACAGCAGGUUUCAGUGUCAGUCCCUGUCAGCAGCCAAUGACUCUGAUCUGCUGUUUUAUUACAUCCAAAAGGUGUGUGUGGCAGGAAAGGGAAGUUGUGAGGAAAGUGUGGGUAAAGAAAUCGGUUUGGCAGAGGAGGGGAGGCGUAUGUUUGUCAGAGGAAGCCCGUAAUGAGGCGGCGGUCCGAUGAAGUCGUCUCAUGUUCCUCCCAGAAGGUCUGCUGGGUAAAGAGCAACGCUUCGGUUUGCGUUUGGAAAAACACCCCAGAGGAGAAGCGCUUCCCCCGCAGGUGAUCUCGGUAAUAAAGACAGACUCAAACGCCGACGGAGGGCCGCAGAGGUUUCCAUGUUUGCUCUCAAACACAUUACUCCCUCUUGUUUUUUUGUUGUUUUUAAAUCAGGAUGAGACCAACACCCCAGCUCGCUUCUCCGAAAUCAAUAUCUUUCGUCUCCGCGUUACAGUUGCAGAGACGUCCCCGCGGGUUUCGUAGCAACAGUGCAGGCGAUAAAAGUCACAAGGCUUAAAUUAGCUGCAGAUCUGGCGGAAAUAAGCACAUAUAAUUAGAAAGUCACAGUUGGUGACAAAAAGGAAACAGGAGAAAAGUUCUUUCUAGAAAAAAGUACCAUCUUAAGAAAGUCAAGCGAAUGACUCAUAUGUGACUAUCAGAUAAACGAUCAUAUGGAUGUAAGAAUGGACCAUAUGCAAUAAACUUCAAAAAUGGGAUUGUCUUGAUGCACAAAUCUCUGAAUGGGGACAGAAAGAAGAAGUUUGGGAUCAGCAAGAGUCUGAGAAAUGGUCAAAAAAGAUGCAAAUAAUGCAAAGAAAACAAGUUUAUAU